CAACCCUCUGUCAGCGUCUGACGUCAUAACGGAAGGCAUACUUCAACAUGGAGGACAUCGUAGCCGUAGAAAAGAGCCCGGAAGAGAUGCCUGCAAUCCUGACCUCCAGACCCCAGACAGGCCUGUCCUUCCUGGCACCUGAACCAGAGGACCUCGAGGACCUUUACAGCCGAUACAAGGUUCUGUCCCCAGCUGCUUUCAUCCGUGUGGUGGGCUCUGAGUUUGUUCAGAAGUAUUUGGGUGAAGGCCCUCGUAUGGUGCGUGAUGUCUUCCGGCUGGCGAAGGAAAAUGCACCAGCCAUCAUCUUUAUUGAUGAAAUCGAUGCCAUCGCCACCAAGCGUUUUGAUGCACAGACAGGAGCUGACAGGGAGGUGCAGAGAAUCCUUCUGGAGCUGCUGAAUCAAAUGGACGGCUUUGACCAGAACGUCAAUGUCAAGGUGAUCAUGGCCACCAACAGAGCAGACACGCUGGACCCGGCUCUGCUACGUCCUGGUCGUCUGGACAGAAAGAUUGAGUUCCCCCUGCCCGACCGCAGGCAGAAACGUCUUGUUUUCUCCACCAUCACCAGCAAUAUGAACCUCUCUGAGGAGGUCGACCUGGAGGACUAUGUGGCUAGACCAGACAAGAUCUCUGGAGCCGACAUCAACUCCAUCUGCCAGGAGGCUGGCAUGUUGGCAGUCCGUGAGAACAGGUAUAUCGUCCUGGCCAAAGACUUUGAAAAAGCUUACAAAACCGUCAUCAAGAAGGACGAGCAGGAGCACGAGUUCUACAAGUAGAGAGUAAAAAAACCACAUCCUAGGGAACAAAGAAAGGUGUCCAAACACAGGAGUUUGUUAUUGAUUUACGUCCGUGUCUCUAUCUACAGUAUGUCUUUUGUGGAUUUGCAUUCACUGACUUCCAUUGAUUUUGGACUAAAUGUACUCACUGCUGCAGAAGGCCUAAUGUCAGAUUAGCCCUGUACCUCCUUAAGACGCACCACCAUGUGAAGGAGUGAUUUGUGCACAGGCUCUCUACUGACUCCUAAAGAUAAGGCCUCAAAACGUAGCUAGGAUAGAACAUUUGUAUCUAUAUGUACUCACUUAACAAUACAUUACAAAAAACCAUUAAAGAUGUUUUCCAUAAAAAAACAAACAAAAUGA